GGUAGGUCUCUUCGGUCAAACAUUGUUGUCACAUUCGGUCAACAGUCUUUCCUCUGUUCUGUCAUCGUCACUCUUGGUUAUUCACCUGCAUUUUGCCCCUCUCACGAUGCCGCAAGAAAGUUCCAAAGAGGUUGAAGGUCUCUACAAUGAGCUUGGCACAGGCUACGAAGACGCCUUCGGACAGAACCCUGCACAAAUUCGAUUCGUACGGUCGGCCGUCGAGCAACUUUCUGCUGCAAGCUUUGUACUUGAUAUCGGAUGCGGUACAGGGAAGCCGACUGGAAGUGAGGUCGUGAAAGCGGGCCACAAGUUCCUAGGAAUCGAUUCUUCGACUACCAUGAUCGAUGCUGCGAAACAAAACGUCCCAGGCGCAUACUUCGAAGUCAUCGACAUGCUGGACUAUGAAGGCCCGUCCAACCAGGUCGAUGCAGUCUUCGCAAUCUUCGCCACGUUCACACUUAGUCAUGCGGAGACGAUGAAACUGGUCAAGAACAUUGGAGCCUGGCUUAAACCUGGCGGAUUCCUUUUCGUUGGCAGUAUGAGUGCUGAAGCGCUGGAUACGGCCGAAUGGGCGUCUCGAGAUACCGAAACAGGUGUCGUGAAGCGAUGA